CAGAAACGGUAUGUGAUGGGUGAGGAUGAUGACGAGCUUCAUAGACUCGGUGAUCAGCACGCCGUGUUGAAGAGCGCCAUGGGAACUGUGGUACUUGCCCCUGUGAACUUCUCUACGCCCGGCCUACGCAUUUUAAACUCUGGAACAGCAGACGGUACAGCGCCAAAAUGCCCUCCCCCAAAUAGCAAUGAGUUGGAAAAUUUUCUGUGCGAGGCUAAAGAGGAACUGGUGAAUCAGGGUGCUUAUUUCAAAAUGGUAGCUGUAUGGGGUCAAGUUGGUCCACCUUCAAAGCCAAUAUGA